AUGGCGCUCACAGUUUCUCCUUCUUCUAUACUCUGCAGCUGCAGCUGCAACUGCAACGCAACUCCUUCGCAUAACAAUGCCAACUCACUCUCAUCCCACGCGCUCCAUGCCUCCUACAUCCGACGCGCCGUCGAGCUCGCCGGUAAAUCCGCCGGCUUCACCUCUCCCCACCCCAACUUCGGCUGCGUCAUCGCCACUCCUUCCGGCAAAGUGGCCGGCGAGGGCUUCCUCUACGCCCAGGGCACCAGGCCCGCCGAGGUCCUCGCGGUCGAGGCCGCCGGACAGCUCUCCCGCCAAGCCACCGCUUAUCUGAACAUGGAGCCCGGCGACUGCCACGGCGACCACUCCGCCGUCUCCGCCCUCGUUCAGGGCGGGGUUGAAAGAGUGGUGAUUGGGUUGAGGCAUCCACUGCAGCAUCUAAGGGGCAACGCCAUAAGGGCAUUGAGAAGUCAAGGCUUGCAAGUUGAGGUGCUCGGUGAGGACCUCAACAGCAAACUCAUCGAGGAAGCUCGGAAGUCGUGCCUGCUGGCUAAUGCUCCUUUAAUUUGUAGAGCUGCUUCUCGAGUCCCCUUCUCUGUUCUCAAGUUUGCUAUGACCCUUGAUGGGAAAAUUGCUGCUUCCAGUGGACAUGCAUCAUGGAUUAGCAGCAAGACAUCUAGAAAUCGAGUUUUUGAACUGCGGGGUACAAGUGAUGCCAUCAUUGUAGGGGGAAACACAGCACGCAGGGACAAUCCGAGGCUAACUGCGAGGCAUGGAGGUGGACAUAUGCCCAUGCGGAUUGUAAUGACACAGACACUUGAUCUCCCUGAGGAAGCAAACCUUUGGGAUACCUCUGAUGUUUCUACUAUAGUCGUGACACAAAGGGGUGCGAGAAGGAGUUUCCAGAAAUUUCUUGCAUCUAAAGGAAUUGAAGUCGUGGAGUUUGACAUCUUAAACCCCAGAGAAGUAAUGGAGUACUUCCAUGAUCGUGGAUAUCUUUCAAUUUUGUGGGAGUGUGGAGGGACACUAUCUGCAGCCGCUAUUUCAUCUGGAGUAAUACAUAAGGUCUUUGCUUUUGUUGCUCCUAAGAUAAUUGGUGGAAAAAAUGCUCCAUCCCCUGUAGGUGAACUUGGGAUGGUUGAAAUGACACAAGCCUUGGAUUUAAUUGAUGUUUGCUAUGAACAGGUUGGACCUGACAUGCUUGUUAGUGGUUUUCUUCAACCCAUACCAGAUCUGACGCCUGUUAUUCCAUCAGUUGAUGAAACAUAUGAAAUUGAUCCAACUGUCACUCCUUAUGAAUCAAGAAUCAUAUUCUUUUACAAAACAUGGGAUCCUUAUGGCGCUUUCUCAAAUUUCUCUCCUCACCCAAUUAAGAUGCUUGAUGUUGAUGGUGAUUAUUCCACUUGGAUGAGUGUAGAGCAUUACUACCAGGCUCACAAGUUUGUUGGGGUAGAUGAUCCUGUGGCACGAGAUUGUGUUGAAAAUAUCAAGUCUGCAAAAAGUCCGGAAGAAGCAGCACGAAUAGGACGGUCAAUGCAGAGGCAGCACCCUUAUUUAGUAAGAUCCGACUGGGAAAGUGUCAAGAUUGAUGUGAUGUACAGGGCACUAAAAUGCAAGUUCUCAAUAUACCCACAUUUGAAUUCUAUGUUGCUGUCAACUGCUGGAUCUGUUCUCGUUGAAGCUUCACCGCAUGAUCUUUUCUGGGGUGGAGGCCGGGAUGGAGAAGGCCUAAAUUAUUUGGGGAGGCUUUUGAUGCAGUUGAGAUCAGAGUUUCUUGGUGAGUCCCCUACAUUAAGUGAGAGCUCAUGCUUAGGGGUAUAAUCUAUAAAUUAGUUUAUUCACAUACCAAAAGAAAAAGAAAAAAGUGUGUGAUUCACAAAACAAGGAGUUAUAGUUCUUUCCUGUAAUUGUUAUUGUUCCCUUCAGAAUAAAAAGUGGAAUUCAUGUAUAUGUAAUAGGCCACGUAUGUAUCUUUAUGAACAAGACCGUGGUCUGUAGGAUUGGGAUUUGGUUAGGUUCACAUUUACCUGGGUUAAAGUUAUAAUAAUCUCAAUCUUGGUUUCAAUCA